AUGAAUCGAAUGUCCUCUCUUGGUCAGCCUCGUCAGUCAACCAUUGCCUCUGGCCAGGGAUCUUCUGUCGCACAGCAAAGAUAUAUAGACAAGAAAGCCGAAGACAUUGCAAAUAGGACUGAUCUAAUGGCAGAUGGCGGGGUUGCAAUUGGCUCUGUCCUCUCUAAUUGGCCUAAUGUGUGGCGAAUUAUUGGAUUGGCUGCUUCAGCAGGUCAAGGCAGCGGACAAGAUCCAGAUGCACAGCGUCCGGACGACGCAGGAGUGGAGACUGUGCCUAGACUAGUUCGUAUAGAGGUGAAUAGCUCCGAAGCAGAGCCAGCGCCCGAAACCUGA